AUGAGGCUCUCUUCCGGCCUCCUGGCACUCGGUGCCCUCGGCCUACCACAGGCUCUCGCCUGGGGAAGUCUGGGUCACAUCACCACCGCCUACCUCGCCUCCGAAUUCGUCUCCAACACCACGGAAGCCUACCUCAAAGACCUCCUCUACAACGAAACCUCCGACUACAUGGCCAACAUCGCCACCUGGGCCGAUUCCGUCCGCUACACCCGCUGGGGCCGCUUCACCAAAACCUUCCACUUCAUCGACGCCAAGGACGACCCGCCCCGAUCGUGCAACGUCGACCUCGAGCGCGAUUGCAAGGAGACCGGCUGCGUCGUCACAUCGCUUGCGAACUAUACCCAGCAGUCUCUCGAUGCCUCUUUGGGGUGGCCCGACCGGAAUAUUGCGGCCAAGUUUGUUAUUCACUUUAUUGGCGACUUGCACCAGCCGCUACAUAACGAGAAUGUGGCGAGGGGUGGGAAUGGGAUACAUGUGCUGUGGCAUGGCUCGGAGGUGAAUCUCCAUCGGGUGUGGGAUAGCUCUAUUGCUGAGCAGUGGGUUAAUGGGAGGAGGAGGGGAAAGCCGUUUGAGAUGGCGAAGAGGUGGUCAGAGCAGCUCGCUCGUGAGAUUAGGGAGGGAAAGUACGCUGCGCAGAAGGACGCCUGGCUGAAGGAUGUCAAUAUUGAUGAUGUUGUCGGCACGGCGCUUACUUGGUCGAGGGAGUGCAAUGCUUACGUCUGUUCUCAUGUAUUCCCUGAGGGCCCCGUCGCCAUCCAAGGCAAAGAGCUAUCCGGUGAUUACUACGAGCGCGCCGCUCCCGUCGUGGAGCUCCUCGUGGCACAGGCCGGUUAUAGGCUUGCUGCCUUCCUUGACCUCAUUGUGGACGGUUACCUCGAGAAGACGAGCCAUGGCAGCGCCAGCAGCAAUGUCAUCUCAGAGGAACUAUAA